UAACGCACAUUUUAGAAAUUGGAGCAAAUAACCUCAAUUAGAGAAUAACCUUUUAUCGUCAAUAGUUAGCAUUGAGAGUUUUGUGACUUUGACAACCGUGAUAUUGCGAAAUAUUUGCUGCAGAAAUUCGUGAAAUUUUUGCGAAUACUAAAAUAUUGAGAGAAAAUAGAAUAGACGUUUAUAAAUAGAAAGAAGAAAAGAAAGUCUCGAGUUUGAUAUGUGUAACAUAUGUACAUUCGACCCUUAAGCUAAAAUAAUCUAAUUGCAAGAGAGAAAUGGCAGAAAAUAAUACAAUCAAGUCAAAAGACAGAGACAUGGACAUUAACGCAGAUAUCAGUCGUUAUUUAAACAGCGCGCCGCCUACGAUUUUCGAUGAGAUCGUUGCAUUUCAGAAGCCUGGUUUAUUCGAUGUACAAUCGGCUACUGUGAGUCGAGUCUGUGACUAUGAUCCUUUAUCCGAUGGUGGACAGACAAGCGUCUUUGACACAGAUUCUCUAUGUACAUCCACGACUUCAUUGUUGGAUGCCACAGUUGAUCGGAUCGAGCACAGCACAUUGAAUGAUGCCUAUAGAGACAUAUGGAUACCAUCGGAACAUACUCGCAAGAUAUUACGAUCCGUUGCAACCACUGCGACUGGUGCAAGUCACCUGGAUCGUGAGAAUCUCACUAUGCCUGGAUUAGCAGUACAGGGUGAUAUGCCUGAUUUAAUCAAGAAUGCUUCUAUCCACUUCCUAGGCGAGGACGAGAAUAUCCAUCGGAAUGUGCUCACAGCGUCUGAUGUGACACAGGAUGAGCGCGGUCUAAGGAAUCUGAUACAAGCUGGCUGCUAUCGAGCAGCGGUCAAUUUAUCUGGUAGAUUGCUGGCUAUCUAUGCUCAGGGCUAUGGCAAGAUCAAUCAACCCAGCAAGCACACACCUCAUUCUCUACAGCUCUGGUAUACAAGACUAUCACUCUUGGCCAAAUUACGGCAGAUGGAUGUGCUGGAAAACGAGUCGAAGCCGUUUGGCAAUUUGGACAAACCUGAUAUGUAUUUCACUUUUUAUCCUGAAUUAUACGGCACCAGACUAGGUUCCAUGGCAUCGUUUGCAUUCAGAUUAUUACUGGCAGAAAUCCCAUCUUACUAUGGUAAACCGAAACAAACAUUAGAAAAUUUGUACAAAUUAUUAGCGACCAUUAAUCAAAUUGUAGCCAAUUUCCAAGCUGGUUUCAGUGAUGAGGGAAUGUUUGCAAAAAUCAGCGAAUCUGAUCAGCAAGAUGCCGUGAAACUAUGGACUGCCAGGAAAUCUAGAAUCUUGGUCUCUGUUAUCAAUUGUGCUAUUGGCAUGAGAAAUUACAUUCUCGCGAUAGAGAUACUAGAAGAUCUAUGCAAGUUACCUGAUUGGACUAUAGAACAGAUAGGUAUCUUAAGGUCAGCCAUAGGAAGGGUACAUUUGUUUCUUGGUGAUGUUACAGCGGCAGAAAAAUUUCUUGUCCGCAUUAAUAAGGAGGAAAAGGCAACAAGUGUCAGAGAACUGGUUGAUAACGGUUUAAUGGCAGUUGCGCAGAAUUCCUUUCAAGAAGCCUACAACUGCUUCCAAACUGCAUCGACAAUGGACCCGUCCAACGUAAUGUUGAUUAAUAAUAUGGCAGUGUGUUUAUUGUACACUGGUCAGCUGAAAGCAGCUGUGUGGUUAUUUGAGAGCAUUGUUAAUAGAAACCCGUUAAAGAGUCUGCAAGAACCGAUUUUACUGAAUAUGUGUACGUCUUAUGAACUACAUACGACGCACUGUAAGCAACCGAAAUUACAUCUAUUACGACAACUAAAUAGAUACAAGGGCGAUGCUGCCGAUAUUCAGUGUUUAAAACUAGCAAUGUAAUAUUAGUCAUGAAUUAUCAUAUUGUUAACAUUAUUAACACAUUGCGAUCCGAGCCCGUUAUUUUUACGAAUUAUAUAUUGUAGUUUAAUUUAUAAACAAGUGUAUAAAGAUACUACGGGG